AUGCCUUCCUUUACCACGUUAGGCGCCUCGCUCUUGCCCCUCACAGCUCUUCUUACAUGUGCUCUUGCCACAAGCCCAUAUACAUCGUCGAAAAAUGAGACGCCAAAAGACAACAACGCAGACUGCAACUGCUAUGUCGUUUCGUCUGGCGCCGACGCGAACACGCCAGAGUACUUCCAAUACUACCGUUUCUACGACUUCCGUAACCUGCCGGGUGGUCUUUCUCAACCACCAGGGCAAGUGAACGACAGCAUGGGUUUGGAGCCUACAUGGCAACCUGAUUUAUUCGACAGCGAGGACUGGAAAUACGAUUGGGCCACGCAGAACUGGAGCAAGCCAGCCACAGAUGACUUCCCAGUACCCAUGUCGAACUCGUACGCGAACAUCUACCUUGCGGAAGAGGACGACAGCUCUUAUCUCGCCCUCCGUACGUCGCGUGAGCCGGGUUACCAGUCAUCCGGUGAGAUGGAAAACCAGCAGAAGAACCUGAUGCACGUGUCGAUGCGCAUGUACGGGCGAGUAGUAGGCGACAAGGGUGCCGUGGCCGGCUUCUUCACGUUCGUCAACGACGAAAACGAGUCUGAUAUUGAGAUUCUGACGCGCGACCCUCUCGAUACAAUCCGCUACACCAAUCAACCUUCGGUUGGUAAGGAUGGUAACGAAGUCGCCCAAGCAUCGAUCAUGGGCACCGACCUGCCCAGCUGGGAGGACUGGCAGACGCACCGCAUCGACUGGCUGCCGAAGAACAGCUACUGGUACCUUAACGGCAAGCAGGUCGCUGCGAAUUCGUACUCGGUGCCUAGGAAGCAGAGCUACAUGGUGCUCAACAUGUGGAGCGAUGGUGGGGAGUGGAGUGGAAACAUGACCGAGGGCCACUCGGCCGAGUUCCACGUGCAGUGGAUUGAGAUGACUUUCAACACCAGCGGGCCGUACGAAGGCAACCAGAGGCGAGCCAGCAAAGGGUGUGAGACAAUUUGCAAGAUUGACGGCGUGAAGCAGGUUGGUACACCAGAGGUGGUCAGUGUCAACAAGAGUGCUGCUGCUGCUAUGAGUGUGUCGUGGGGUCUGUUGGCGGUGGUUGGUGCUGCUGUCCUCUUCGUUGGGUUGUAG